ACACCAAAGAGCAACAAACUUCAAUUCAAAAGAAGAAGCAGUUUUGCUUAGUAUUGUUACAAAAUAUAAGGGAAUUAUUGAAAAUAAAAAAACAGACAGUAACAAUAAUAAACAAAAGCGUGAAUGUUGGGAAAAAAUUGAAGUACAGUUCAACAGUCACAGUGGUGAGGUCUUCAGAGGUUGGAACACGUUAAGGAAAAAAUAUGAAAACAUUAAAAAAAGGAGUAAAAGAAAAAUAGCAGAUGCAAAAUGUCAUGUAAUGUCUACUGGAGGAGGCCCACCGAAUAAACCAAUUGAAGUCAAUGAUGUUGACAUACUUGUAAGGGAUAUUUCGGGCAGUAGAGUUGAAGGACUGCAAUCUGAGUUUGGAGGUGAUGCAUCUAUUUCAGGAACAGAAUUCAUAACAAUUGAAUGUGAGGAUAAUGAUAUCUCUUUUGGAAUACCUGAGGUGAUACCAAAUAAUGAUUUUACGGAGGAAGAAUAUGCCAUUCAAGGACAAUUGGAGAAUACACAACAUGAAACAAAGAGAAUGGAUCAGAUGAAAGAAGAAACAAAGGCUAAAAUGGACUGGUCCAAAUCUACUCCCGACAACUUAAGGACCCUAAAAUCUAAGGUUCUUAUUUCAGGCGAGUCUGGGAAUAAGCGAAAAAGGAAUGAGUAUGAAACACUUUGUAGUAAAGUAAGUCACUGGGCAGAAGCCAAAUCAAGUUUAGAGCAAAUCAAAAUUUCUCAGAUGGAGAAAGAACACAAUUUGAAAUUGAAAAUAAUGAAAGAUAAAUCAGAAGCUGAAAUUGAAAUGAUGAGAAAGGAGACAGAAGCCAGGAUUGACAACUCCAGAAAAGAACUGGAGGUAACUCUGGAGGGUAUUAGGGAGCAAAACAAUUUAAAAAAGGAGAUUUUGUUAUUAGAAAAACAUUUUCUUCUUUUGAAAAAGUCGCAAAAUUAUGAGAUGCCUAAAAAAUUUCAAUUUUUCAAUGUAACAGGAUAGUUUUCUAUGUUCAUUCUUUGUAUUUAUUUAGAAAAAUGGUAAAAUAAAUGUUUGUGAAUUAAUCCUA